GACACGUGCUCAUGUUUCCGGAAAUACUGAAACGUUUGGCGAAAGGAUUGAAAAUGUCUUGAGUGCAACUAGUUAACUAGCUAGUUUGCUAGCUGGACAUUUUUAUGAAAAUGCAAUACCACAUCAUUAUUGUAGUAAUUAUUUGGUCCACAGUAUUGGUUGACUCGAGAAAAAUAAGAGGCAUUUCACUGACAUACAGGCGAUUUUAUAAAGAGAAAAAGUCAUUCCUGUGCAUCGAUGGAUCGAAAAUAAUUCCAUUCGAGCAAGUGAAUGACGACUACUGUGAUUGCCUGGAUGGCUCAGACGAACCAGGCACUUCUGCUUGCACCAACGGCCGGUUCUACUGCAUUAACCUCGGCUUCCGGCCUCACUUCAUCCCGUCCUCACGCGUUAAUGACGGAAUCUGCGAUUGCUGCGAUGGCUCUGAUGAGUAUAACAGCCGCAUGCGAUGCCGCAGCACGUGCAGGGAUCUGGGUCAGAGGGAGCGAGCGGAGGCGGAGGAUCAGAUAAGGGCCCUGAACCAGGGCCUCCUCCUGAGGCAGCAGCUAAUCGCGGAAGGAGUUAGCAUUUGGCGGGAAAAGCAGAGCCAGCUUAGAGAUUUGCAGAGAGUCUACGAGCAGCUUCGCUCCAAGCUGGAGGCCCACAGGAAGAGGAAGCGGAAAGCAGAGGGCCUGAUGGGUCUUCUGAAACCACCGGGUGACGACUCCAGGAAAGAGCAGGUGCCCGAGUCUCCCGCGGAGUUUUUCCGAGAACUGGACUGCGAUAAAGAUGGAAGUAUAACGGUUGAUGAAGUCCAGGCCAACGUGGUAAACCGAGGAGAGGAGGGGCGUGGCUUAACUGAACAGGAAGCUCUGGCCCUGCUGGGCGGGUCCCGUCAGGCUGACCUGUCCCACUUCCAGGAGACGCUGUGGCAGAGCCUGAGGAACGAUGGCAGAUUUAAGAUCAAAGAGGACCCGGGGUCAGAAGCCGGUGCAUUAGACGAGGACCCCAACAUCAAGGCUGCUGGGAACAGUUCCGCCGACUUGAAGAAAAUGGAGGAGGCGUACGACACCGUGCGGAUGGAGAUCAGGGACCUGGAGGAGACGCUGUCCACUGACUACGGAGCCGAUAAAGAAUUCAUGUACCUGCAGAGCCAGUGUGUGGAGCUGACAGUAUAUGAGUAUACGUAUGUGUUGUGUCCUUUCAAUCAAGUAACACAGAAGAGCUCAACAGGAACAGAGAUCUUGCUGGGGAAGUGGGGGUCUUGGGCAGGUCACGCGGAGGGACUGUACAGUAAGAUGCUGUUUGACAGGGGAGAGCCCUGCUGGCAGGGGCCUACCAGGUCGACUCAGGUCGCGCUGACGUGCGGGACAGUGACGGCUCUGAGGGGGGUGAAGGAGCCCAGCAAGUGCUCCUACGACAUGGAGCUCCGCACCCCCGCCGCCUGCCGCCCGCUGCAGAGGAAGAGGAAGGUCCACAGCGAACUCUGACCUCGCCGCCAGGGCGCCCGCAGCCGCCAGAACCCGCCAGCGUUCCCGGACAUGACGACGCAAGCCUCCUUUCACGCCCACACGUUACGUCGCUCUCCCUGUUUAUCCAGUUCUUACUCUGUUCUAGAACUUGUUUGCGUUUCCUGGUUUUUUUUUGGUUUGUUUGCAUUUUUAAUUUCUUGCUUUUGGAGGCGGGGCUGUCAGCGUUGUCAUGACACUGUACAUCUGAAGGUGCCUUACUGCGGUGUUAACACUAAAUGAAGACACUGAGGGUUAACGUCCGCCAUUUGUAUCGAAUUUGACAUUCAUUAUGCAGAAUUGUAUAGGCUCAUAUGAACCACAGUCCUCCUUGUCCCGGGAAAGGAUUGUUAGAUAGAUUUUUAAUUCCACCGUUGCACUGGGGAGCGUCCGUUGAAUAAAAUAUAGCGAUAUCUGCUAUGGCGAGACAUUUCUUGACACGUAGUGUUUUUUUUGACAUUGCGGUGUGUCAGAUGAAGGUGUGCUGCUUUAACCUCUCUCUCCUGAACGACAGCGCCCUCGUGCUUCUCAGACCGCGAGCGUUUGCGUUCGUCUUCCCGCUGUCAUAAACCAAAGGAAAGGCGCUGUUAACGCUGCCUGUGACGCGCAUCUACAGUCUGUAUUAUUCCCCUUCCCUGCUGAGGUAGACCAAGCCCGGGAUCGGGGCUACGCUCAAACACCAGAUUUACUGUAGGGUUCUACAGCUGUGUUCAUUUGGCAUCUUAAUGGGAUGUGGGGAGUUUAAUUGACAUUUCUGUUAAGAUUAAGGUUUAAAAAAAUACUAAUUAAUCGCCUGCUUUACCUCAGGAGCAGCGGACCGCACACCAAAAAAGUGUUGAGUCAUGUCGUUUGUCUAAGAUGAAUUUGUCCGAUGAUCUCGUUUUCUAAGCUGGAGGCCAUCAUCCCAGCAGUUCCUUUUUUACAGAACACUAACACGCAGCGUAAAGACUGCUUCAGCUUACUUCCAUCUCCAUGUUGUAAAAUGUCCAAAUGGUCGGCUCAUGGAUUACAGUAGGAACAGCGCAUCAGAUGGUCGUAGAAAGAUCUGAUUUUUAGAAAGGCAAGGCCUUUGUCAUUUCUUUCCAAAUCUAAGCUGCUCUGUGUUUUCAAAACGAGCUUUCAACUAAAAUGUAUUAUGACUACUAAUUGUGUAUUAUUCAGACCACUGAUAUUAACUGCACAUUUUUACAUCUUAGGAUAAAAGGCUUCUGAAUAAAGUUUAAUUUUUCCCAA